UGUAUGGCUGCUAGCUUUCCUAUGAAAAAACCAAGCAACGCUCCACCAGCCAAACAAAAAGUUCUUGUUGCUGCAUUGUAUUCGUGCAUUUACGUACUGAGAUUGAUUCCGAAUAAUUCUUUGAAACCAAACGAAACAGGGGAGAAAGAAGGCUCUGUUCUUGCCAGCUUCGCAUCAAUUCAUGGUGGCCCUCGCCCACUGCGGCUCUCAACUCCUCCACUGCCCGCCGCCGUCCGGCCGCCUCCGCCCUCCGCGGCGGAGAGCCGUCGUGAGGUGCGGGAUCGCGGAGCCGUCGGGGGAGCCGGCCCCGAUGGGGCAGAAGACGAAGUACAGGGACGGGUUCUUCGAGAAGGUGUUCAUGACCCUGUUCGCUCGCAAGAUGGAGAAGUUCGCGGCCUCGCCGGCGAGGGCCCGAGGGGUCGGCGGCGGAGGCGUCGAGAGGCCGAAGGGGUGGCUGGAGUACGACUACGAGAGCUUCGUGGACGUGUCGAAGAGGGUAACGCAAGGGAGGUCUCGGGCUCGGCAGCAGGAAGUGGUCCGAGAAGUGCUCAUGUCGAUGCUUCCUCCCGGUGCGCCUGCUCAGUUUAAGAAGCUGUUUCCACCGACAAAGUGGGCUGCUGAGUUCAAUGCUGCACUCACUGUGCCUUUCUUCCACUGGUUAGUUGGGCCUUCCGAGGUUGUGGAGGUAGAAGUAAAUGGAGUGAAGCAAAAGAGUGGAGUGCACAUUAAAAAGUGCAGGUACUUGGAGAAUAGUGGCUGUGUAGGGAUGUGCGUAAACAUGUGCAAGAUACCCACUCAGGAUUUCUUCACCAAUGAGUUUGGGCUACCCCUCACCAUGAUUCCGAAUUUUGAAGAUAUGAGCUGUGAAAUGGUGUAUGGUCAAGCUCCACCGCCAUUUGAAGAGGAUCCUGUGUCUAAGCAGCCCUGUUUUGCAGAUAUAUGUUCAAUGUCAAAUCCUAGCAGUAGCAUCUGUCCGAAACUGGAACCUUGAGAAAGAUCUCUUAUCAAGGAUGUCUUGAUCCAGAAGAAAGAGAUGCGGAUUACACAUUCAUUGCCAUUUAUCUUGGAAAUCUACGAGAAAGGUGUUGCUGAGUCUACCAUUUGUCUGUAUAAUCAAAUCCUGAAACUGAGCUGUACAUUCUCAGGGAAACAUAUCCGUGUACCACUCAAUGUACAUUUAGAAUAUUUUGUAUAUUAGUGUCAUAAAGGCUGCCCGACGGGAGUUAUGCAAUAUGAUGAUUUGCUCUUCCCAAUCUCAAUGAAUCAGAGUUACAUUGAGGCUCACGUGAUUGGGAUAACUGAUGAGCUGGAAAGAAUUGGCCAUAUGCUUAGCCAUGAGAUUGCAUCA